AUGAGCAACUACCAUGCAACGCCUCCGACAGCUUACUCGGCCAUGCGAGCUCAGAAUCCCUGGGCCCCGGGUGCGGUGGCGCGGAUGCCGUGGCUGCCCCUUGCCGGGUUCGCUGUGUCGCUCGUCGGUCUCAUAGCCUCAGCUGCCAUACUGGUUUACUCAAAUGGCAAGCCUAUAGCAGACUGGGCUUUUCAGCCGCCAACAUAUUUGGCCAUCGCGACAGUCAUCACCAAUGUUUGCCUCUUUUACGUGCUGAAGGAGGGCGCCAACAUAGCCUGGUGGCAUGCUGCUUCGCAAAGCACGACAAUUGGUGAUCUUCAUCGACAUUGGCUAUACGGUAGCAGCUUCCAAGACGCGAUAUUGUCUGGGAGACGCAUCGACCUUGUCGCGUUGGCAUGCAUAAUUGCGACCUUGGCCCAGAUCAACAGUCCUCUGCUGCAGCGCGCAUCCAGAGCUGUUGACGAAGGGGUCCGCGCGCCACUCCCGAUAGACAUCCGGCUCGCUAUCACAUUGCCCUACGACUACUUCACAGGCUACGUUUCCGGUCGUGCAUACGAUGUCUCGAUCUACUCCCCUCAGUUCGGCGAUGUCGUACAGAGCUUCAACAACAAUGCGACAAUCCAAAUGCCCAAAACCGGCUGCAAAGGUACCUGCAGUGCCACUGUGGAAGGGCUCGGUUUCGCCCUGAACUGCAGCAGCUAUACAGUACCCUACGAUCUCAAUCCACAAAUUUUUGACAAUGGGUCAGUACAGACCGGUGCCGACAGUUCCGUUGACGGAAUCGAUGCUUUUGAAACGCACUUCCGAUGGUCUACUAACGCUCCCUCCAACCUCACCAUAGGAACAGUCUAUAAGCCCACACUGGAAUGCUCCGGCGCGCUUCAGGUACAAAACUGCUCUCUUCACACCGCUACCGUUCGUUAUAAGGUGGUGGUCGAUGGCAAUGCCUCUACCAUUGCAUUAGAUCCACAUACAAGCAUUUUUGACGAUAAUGUCCUUGAGUCUAUUGAUCUGCCGGGCCGUAGCGUACAAGGUCCAACAUCUAUGGGAGGGUUCUGGCUUGCGCUACAGAACAAGUACGCCAGCACCACGCACGUACGCUUCGCCGGUGCGGUUGGCUACGAGAUAGCCAGCACUGGCAAUCUCGCGACGCAGUACGCUGUUGUGAAUGGCACGCGAAGCACCAAUUCCAACACGGCGAUCGGAUCAAGUUGUGAUCUAUAUUUUCGUGACCCCAUUACUGAGCUACUGGCCGGGGCUAGAGACCUCAUGUUUCGAUUGGGUGUUGCUGCCAUAAACAGCACAAUGCCGAGUCAAAGCGUGAUGGCAGAGUCGAGCGAGAAAAGGGCGGUGUUCAGGACAAACUAUGCUUAUUUGGGCGGGGCCGUAGGGAUAACAAUUGUAGCGUUGCUGCUCGCGGCGGCUCUGUUCAAGGGUUAUAGCACCCUCGGCAGGCCCAUGACGAUGAGUCCCGUGGAAUUGGCUAAGGCGUUCGAUGCGCCGUUGCUGAAGGGAGCCGACAGCAAUGCAGAGAUGAAGGCGCUGAUUGAGUUGAUGGGUACGAGGAGUGUCAUGUACGGAGCUGGAACGGGAGCAAGCGGACAAGAUACUUCUGCAGACGAGAUCAUUAUGCACGAGCCCGGCGAGUGGCAAGCACAGGCACAGAAGCACACAUUUGUGCGGUCAAAUGAAACUUGGGAAGGCGAUUCUGUGGGCAGUGGAGCCGGUCGACUUCUAAUGGGUCCUGCUCAUGAAGUCCGCCCGCCAAGACGGGGGGAAGUAUUUGGCGGAUGA